CGUUGUUCGUGUGUCAAAGUUGGAGACCGGACGCUUGAACGGUUACGUUUGCACUUUCAACGCUCUUCCUACGACUUCUUCGUUUUUACCGCUUACGGAGAAAGUUAACUCCAAAUGCUCACCGGUUCUUAAACUGCUUUAUUAAUAUUUGUGAGAGUUUAAAAAUCAAACCCUCCAUCGAUCUUUUUCUUCACAUGCAUGACGUCUUGCCCGGGACUAGUAACUGCCCGGACAUUGUUUAUUUCUAUUCCCGAGCCAACACUAGGGGGUUUUUGACCAGUCUUCCCCCUAGGCAUAAGAAAUGGAAAAAGAGAUUCGUCUUCAUUGAGUUUCCCACUGACCAAUUCCCAUUCUCCAACCUUGAGUGGGCUGACCGGGUUAUAAAACCUGAAAGGGUUCACCCGGAACCUACCCCUGAGCUUGAGGACGCCUGCGAGAAACUUCUCAAGGGUGAUCCUGUGACCGGGAAGCCAUACGCUUACGGUGGAUGGGUGUACCGGUUAUCUAACCCGGAUGGGGGUGUGUCUGCGACCCAUGACGCAGAGGAUGACCGGGUGAACACCCCGGGUAGUCAUGCUGAGGCCAGAUCUCCUCAUCCAGACAUGAACAUCACCAGGAUGUCCACUCUUGUUGAGUCAGAUGACGACGAUGUUGAAGUCCUCCAUGCCAACCAGUCUCCUUCCAACCUUCCUUCUCCUCCUCACAUCUGUGAAACGGAAGGGGCCACAAGUGCCCGGGGAAAUAAGAAGAAGAAGAUCGGGUUAUCAGAUCUGGAGGGGGAGUCCAUCGAAGAAACUUUCCUAGCCUUGGCCAAAAAACAUAGCAAGGCCGGGGUCAUUUCAGAAGAGAUCAGCCAAUCACUCUUGGAGCCAAAGGAUCAGGUCUUCCAACUCACCCUCCUCCUUGAUUCUGCCAAGUUGGAGAUUAUGACCGGGUUGAAAGGGAGAGGAGGCCUGAGGAAGACCUGAUGGCGGAAAGGGCCAGGAUGCAACAUAAAAAACACGCAUGAAAAACAGAAAUAAUUAUUCUUUCAAUAUCCAAAAGAAUAGUUACUGUAUGCUAACACCGUUCUUACCUACUCGUGAUCUUUAUUCAACUAGAAAAGCAAGAACCCAAAUAUAGAUGCAUCCGGGUAGUUUUGUGGGCAUAUAUUGCAAGAAUUUUCUAAAGGCGCCUUGUGAACUAAGACACUUAAGCUAGUGGAUCCAUGUAGUAUAUAUUGAAAACUCAAAAGAAAACUACAGCUGAGUGAGAGCAUACACUGUUUUGAGUAGCAAUAUUCAGUGUUCUGAAAAGAAAUUGUUCAAUCAGUCUUCAGUUGCAAAUCUCAAUUUCAAAAGAAAAUACUGUACAAGAUUUAUAUGUGAAGAAACAAACCUGACAAGUUCAGUCUCAUCGGAAGAGAUCCGGUAGUCGAUCGACCAAUGGAACAAGUACACAAUGAUAGCCAUCCCUAGCCUAAUCAGGACUUACCACCUGCUUUCUUCUAACCAUCUCCUCCUCAAUUUCCCAGCCACAAUGAUAAAUUUAUAUGAAAAAG